AUGUAUCCAACUGGUGGAUCAUUUCGGGGUUCCAGAGGAACUUGUAUUGAACAAAUGCUCAAGAAGAAUUUGCCAACAACAUCAGGACCGACCCAAUCACCAUCUAACAUGAAUACUGGCUUUGACCAGCAAGUGAAAAGCACUUUUAAACCUGGUAGGUUUGAGAAACCAAAAGUGUCUCCUAAAACACUGAUUGACAGAUACAGGAAUGGAGAGACGAAUGCUAUAUCUUUGCUCCAUCAGCUUGCCCAGACUUUGCAGUUCCAUCUGGAAAUGAAGGAGACAGUAGCCCCAGCCUGUACUACAGGGCUUUAUUUUGCCUUUUGUGCUGUGAUCGAUGGAGUACAGUACAAGACUGGUAUAGGGGUAACAAAGAAGGAGGCUCGUCUGAAUGCAGCGGAGCUCGCUUUUCAGGAUCUCCAGCCCACCCUGGAGAGUCUGAAAUCUGCACUUCCUGAAUCAUCAUCCUUGGAUGUCCCUGCACCUUUGCCAGUAAAAGAGGAGCCCGCCAUUUCUGAUAUCCAUGCUCGUAGAGCCAUGCUCGAAAGGAAGGCAUUUGUCAAUCUGCAGAUUCCACAUGCUGUCAGGGAUCAGCUCACGAAACUGAUGAAUAGUCACCCAGAGUUCUCCGGAUGUGCAGGCACCACAGCAGCAUUCAUCCUUCAGACUUCCAAUGGAUAUGAAGUGGUUGCUCUUGGGACCGGUAAUUUUAAUACAAAAGAGAGUAUCUCAUCGAACGGGAGGAUUGUGCAUGAUUCACAUGCAGUUGUCACAGCAAGAAGAUCUCUUAUGAGGUUCCUGUACCGGCACCUGCUGAUGUUUUUCAGCAAAAAUGCAAAUCUCACUCAGAAGUCAAUCUUCCAGCAAAGCAGCAGCAGCAGCUUCCUCAGCCUGAAGAGUGGUAUAACUCUUCACCUCUAUGUCAACCAACUGCCAAAGGGUGCUGCGCAGAUCCCUUCCAAACUGCGCCUGAACCCACUCUCCAUGUCAGCAUGGCAAGUUAACAACGAGAUCAGCCUACACCUGUCUGUGGAGGGCAAGGUGUUCUCGGUUUUCUCAUCACUCCUUGAUCACUCUAACUCCAAAGUUGUCAGCAUGUCCACAACAGACAAGAUCACUCAGUGGCAGGUCCUUGGAUACCAGGGAGCCUUACUUAGCCACUUUAUUGAGCCCAUCUAUGUCCACAGCAUCCUCAUAGGUGACUCUGACUGUAGUGAAAUUCGUGGCAUGGAGAUGUCUGUCAGCCAGCGUGUAGAGGGCAUCACCUCCAAGCUGCCCAUGUUCUAUUGCAUGAUGAGGCCUCACAUUAGCCUGGUGCCAUCUGUGGCCUCCAGCCGUGCAGGCGGUAACCAGCUGACAUACGGUAUCAACUGGAGCGAGGGAGACAGCUCCCUGGAGGUUGUGGAUGGUCUGGAGGGCAAGACCAUAGAGGACUCUCCCUUUAAGAGUGGAUCUGCCCUAGCAAGCCGUCUGUGCAAAGCAGCGAUGAUGCACCGCUUCAGGUUGGUGGCCAAAGAGGCUCAGAGGACGGACCUGCUGGCCACAAGUACCUACAGAGAAGCCAAGAUGAUGGCAAAGCCAUACCAGGAAGCCAAGAAUGUGCUGCGGGCGUACCUGUUGCAGAAGGGCUUUGGUUCCUGGCAAGACAAGGUUUUGGUUAGUGAUAACUUCAGCAUGUGA